AGAGAGAGAGGAGGAGAGAGAGAGAGAGAGAGAGAGAGACCCAGGACACAGGUUGAAGAUGGCCACGGUACCCAACGGAGGGCAACAGCAGCAUCAGGACAACACCAAUAACAACAACAGCGCCCGAAUGAACGGACUGAGCCACAGCCAGAACACCAUCCCCAUGAAGGACCACGACGCCAUCAAACUCUUCAUCGGCCAAAUCCCCCGCAACCUGGAGGAGAAGGAUCUAAAGCCCCUGUUCGAGGAAUUUGGUAAAAUCUACGAGCUGACGGUGCUGAAGGACCGCUUCACCGGAAUGCAUAAAGGUUGUGCCUUCCUCACAUACUGUGCUAGAGAUUCAGCUCUAAAGGCUCAAAGUGCUUUGCACGAGCAGAAGACAUUGCCUGGGAUGAAUCGUCCAAUUCAGGUGAAGCCUGCAGACAGUGAAGGCCGAGGAGAGACCUGGCCCAUUGCAAUUUCCCUACAGUUCAAAGAAGACAGAAAGCUCUUUGUGGGCAUGCUGGGGAAACAGCAAACAGAGGACGAUGUUCGAAGGCUCUUUGAACCUUUCGGCUCUAUCGAGGAGUGCACCAUUCUCAGAGGCCCCGAUGGAACCAGCAAAGGCUGUGCGUUUGUAAAAUACUCCUCUCACACAGAAGCCCAAGGGGCUAUUAAUAGCCUUCAUGGAAGCCAGACUAUGCCAGGUGCGUCGUCCAGCCUGGUGGUGAAAUUUGCCGACACAGACAAGGAGCGCACACUCAGGCGCAUGCAUCAGAUGGCAGGGCAGCUCGGCAUAUUUAAUCCCAUGGCAAUCCAGUUUGGAGCCUACGGAGCCUACACUCAAGCGCAGUUAAUGCAACAACAGGCAGCCCUGAUGGCAGCGGCACAGGGCACCUACCUGAAUCCCAUGGCUGCCAUUGCAGCAGCACAGAUGCAGCAGAUGGCAGCCUUCAACGUGAACGGACUCGUAGCCACACCGAUGACACCAUCAUCAGAAUGUGCCUUCCUAUCUUCUGUAGGCACCAGCACACCGCCUGGAAUCAGUGCAGCUGCAGUUCCCAGCAUAGCAGCGCCCAUCGGAGUCAACGGAUUCAGUGCGAUGCCACCACAAACCAAUGGGCAGCCAACAUCAGAUGCCAUCUACGCCAAUGGCAUCCAUCCAUACCCAGCCCAAAGUCCAACAGUGGCUGACCCCUUGCAGCAGGCUUACGCAGGCAUGCAGCACUAUACAGCGGCCUACCCAGCGGCCUACGCUCCGAUUAGUCAGGCAUUUCCACAGCAACCACCCAUAAUUCCUCAGCAACAGAGAGAAGGACCAGAGGGCUGCAAUCUGUUCAUCUACCAUCUGCCGCAGGAGUUCGGAGACGCUGAACUGAUGCAGAUGUUCAUGCCUUUUGGCAAUGUCAUCUCUGCUAAAGUCUUUGUUGACCGCGCCACCAACCAAAGUAAAUGCUUCGGAUGGAAGCAUCGGGGCAUUCAGUGAUCCUUUAUCACAAGUGCAGUCUGAAAACUCUUGACUCUUUUUUUUUGCUGCAUAUCACUGUGGAAAAAAACAAAACACAGAUUAGAUUUUUUCAAAGGGGGAAAUACUUCAGAAGAGAUUGCGUUUAAAAAAAAACAAAAGGGAUUCGACGAAAUUAAAAAAAACACAACAAAAAAAAUUCAUAUUCGCACUGGAACUGUGAUAAGGAUAUUGAGUUAAAUGGUGACUGGGUUAAUCCAUGAGUACUGAAUAGUUACUGCUCAGAGGAUUAAAUGGUAAUCACUGACUAAAAACCAAAGCCAGCUGGAUAAGAUUUGUGUGCCUACAGUCAACAAAGACACAUCCUCGCCUCCAUAUAGGAAGGAUUUUACAGAAAAAAACGGGACAUUUCUGAAGCUGGCACAAGGAUUAAGAGCUCUACUGCUGUAAAGUCACAUCAUUCCUUAGAUAAUUAGGGACCAAAGGACCAACUUUUUUAUCUUAUCUUAUAGUUUUAAGUAAAAAAAUAGUUCAUAACAUUUCAUGGUGAUUUAGGAAACAAAAAACAAUUGCGUAAAAGGAAAGGCUUGAUAGGAUUUAAGAGUCAUUUUAGGAACAAUAAGUAUUUCGAGAGGCGCUCAGACAGUGGAGAGACAAUCGAUUCUGCGAAUAUAUAGGAGCGGAACAUUCAUUUUGUACUACAGAGGAUCUGACUCACGAGCUAUGUCCUUAUUGUACAGUAGCUGAAGAAAUACUGGAACUUUCACCGUAAAAAGCACUAGAGGUUACUUGUAAAAUAUAGAACUCUUGCUACUGCUGUUCCUUAAGUAUUUAUUUAGUACCUUAAAUACUGAAUCUGUUCAUAUUAGAUCAAGACAGUGGUAAUUAACAUGAUGUUUCUCAGGCAAGGUGGCCAUUCUGCGGUUCGGAGGGUCUUAAAGGGUUGUCCUAGAAUCAUCACUCUGUGGUGAGUUUACACAGAGAACACGGCAGGUGUAUUGUGCCAGAAAGUGUGUGUGCACGAGAAUUUGUUACAAGGGCCGCUCUCACAUCUACUGCACCAAAUAUACAUCAGUGAAGAAAACCCCAAGUAACUCCACGACAUAAUGCAACGCUGCACGGCACAGAAGAGGGUCAUUCAGCCCAUCUUGCUGGUACGAAAGAGCUGUUUGUUCAAUCCCAACUGCCUGCCUUUUCUCCAUCCCUUUUUACAUGUUGCUUUUUGAUGUAUCUGUACAUUUUCUAGGUUCUUAAAUUGCUUGAUUUCGAAGGAAACCACGCUCUGAGAUCAGUGGACGCAACAACAUAAAACAAAUGAUAACGCCAUCGUGUCCUGUAUGGUUGGGCACAGGAGCACAAGUGGUUUGGUAACCAACGGUAAUCUUCCCUCUCCGGCCUACUUUUUUUGGUGUCAGAUAAUUGGUGAAUGGAAGGCCUCUACACUUCGCAAUCCAGGCUCAAUGGAACGAUGAGAUCUUCAGUGAUGGGCCGAAGGGCUUUCUUCAUCAGAACCAAUCUUGUGAUCCUGUAAAAUGCUGCUCACCGCUGUCACUUUUUUCAGAUAUCAAGGGCCUGGGUUUGGGCAUCAACCAGUGUGAUGGUUUGUGAUAGCGAGCAUGGCAAUCCCUUUCAAAAUCAACACUUUGUUUGUCAACCAGAGUCUCACAAUAUUGACCAGACUGAGAACGAGUGAAACAUGCAAGCUCCUGGAAUCUUGGACAGCAAGAUUCCUUUGUAAACCGCAAUGAGAAGUGGCCUGUAUGUUCUUAUGUUUAUUUUCCCUGUUAUCUGCCCCAAAUUGAUUCACGAGAACUCCACAUAAAAGUAACAAUAAUAAUCCUUGUGCAUGCGCUAAUCCAUAGAGGGUCCUGUGCCCAUCGUAGUUACGGAUCACCAAAAUAGAUCAACUAAAUGUUUCCACAUUCUGUGCAUUUUUUUUCCCCGUAUUGAAGGAAAGGAAAAGAAUAUAAUUCCAGGGGGGUCCAAGAUAUUCAUGAGCACGGGUGUCCAUGUGGAAACUUCAAAGGACAAAAACAAUUUCUUUGAGAACCUUUGAAAAAAAUCCAACAAUUGAGAACCUUUGAAAAAAUAUAAAGGUUUCACUGCAAAAAGUAUGCUAACAAAGAGUUUGGCUCCCUGAUACUUUGCUGUUGUUUGUAUAUAAAGCAUUAAGCACCAUCAAUCUUCUCGAAUCAGCAUCACUUUAUGCAAACUAAAGCCCUAAUUAAAAAGGCUUCCCGGAUAAAUCAGUAAAAAUUGCUGACAUUUGAAUUCUUAAAACAUUUUGAACAGAUAACACCAAAGUUUAUUUUAUGUUCAUUUUUAGCGAUCUUUUUGAUUCCCGAAUUGGCCGACUUCCCAGCCGUAAGGUUGCCAUGGAUGCUACUUCCUGCUGAGGCCUGCAGUGUACAGGAAGGGAUGUCUGAGGCUACCUGAUAAAAGUAUACAAGAUACAUUUAACGAUGGGUAAUCAAAUUGCCUUAAUUUGGAGAUAAUUGGAAAAUCCAGCGACACAAUUUGUACCAAUUAAAAUCAGAAACCAGCAGGUCUACUUAUAUCUGAUGACUUUCGUUGGCAGGGUCAGCUCAACCAACUGAGCUAAACAACCGAACUAAGACUAUAUUCCACUGAGAAAUACUUUGAACAAGCGGUUUCUUAAGAGAUCCUGUGACUACAAGCGUUAUUUCCUUGUUUAUGCGUAUCUUCCACACUCUUCACAAACAAACUUUACUCAUUGUCGAGGGGAAAUUUGCGGUAUUUCUUAACGGAUUCCUUACUAAGAAAUCAGUCAUGCACGUGAGAUCUACUUCCCUUAGGACGUCGAUCCCACCGAUCUGCGGGAACUCGACCUGCAUCCGGAGCUGAGUUUUUGCAGAAUCAACGGGAAUUCUAAUUAACCCACGCUUAAUGUUAAUUAGCUGACACCUCUAUUGUUGAUCAUUUGUUCACCAGACAGGGUCACUUGUUCAUGUAGAAAGUGUAUUCCAUGGGGAGGUCUUCAAGAGCCUCUAUUGAUACUCUUAAGAGUGGAGCGAUCUUUGACGUGAUAGAUUUAUCCUAUUACAAGAGGCUGUGAUGAGACAAUUAUCCUACAAAGCCUCGUUUGCACUGCCUAACUGGCCUAUUCAGUCUGCCAGUCACUCAGGCAAAAAUCUGGCAAUGCAUCUCAUUGUGUUUGAGGCAAGGUGAAAGAAUUUCCUUACCAAGUCAACCCAAUGCAACCCAACCCAGUCCAAUCCAAUGCAACAAACCAAUCCAGUCCAACCCAACCCAACCCAUUGGAGCAAAACACAUAUCUAAAAAGUGCUUCAUGUAGCAUAUUUAACUGAAAUGCUCUGACACACACACACAUAUAUACACAUAUAAUGAGUAAAACAAGUCUUUACUUCAUAUCCUAAGCUAUUUGAGUACAUUUUAUAUUAAGAUUUCCAAUGUAAGCCUCCAAGACCUAGCAGAAAAAAAGACAUUGCCUGAGAAAAAAACAAACAAAAAAAAAAGGGACCUUGUUUGAGUGUUUUUCUACUGUGAAGAGAGGCGGUAAAGAGCAGUUAACAUGUAGAAAACUCAGCAGUAACAAGGUAGGAAUAGCAAACCCUACAUUUACACUGAUAUUAUAAAUGCCUUGCUUCUGCUCAGAGUAGAUCCAUGACUCAUAAUAAAAAAAAUCAACUGGAAUAAAAGAGGUCAUCCUAUGAAUUGAUAGUGGAAAAGGCCUACAGAUGCGAGCUUUUAAUUAAGGAAUAGAUUCCUCCAAUUACAGGUACUGAGAACUAGCUACUGAAACUUUUGCUGCACUUGUAUAUAUAUACUAUAGCAUAUUUUUCUUUUUGUUAUCGUUUCCACAGAGAGAAAUUUUACGAUUUUCAGUGCUUUAAACCAUUAAUAUUAAAUGAAAAGAAUAAAAAAUCAGGCCACAACUGAUAUUUCUAUGGUCUGUCUAUUUAAGAUCCGAUAUUUAAAAUAAUUUAUUUGCUAUUUAUGAUCAGGCUAGUGUGCGGGGUGUAAUUUGUUCUCAUUGUCGCUUCUUACUUAACUUUAACAUAAUUUAAUUGUCAUGACAGUUCUUAUUUAUUUUAUAUAUUUUGGGUGGGGUGGGGGG